CUCCUAUGUGAGGUUUGAUAUCAUUCGAAGGAUAAUGACGAGGUUUUUUGGGAUUGAAGUGAUCAUGGUGAUGGGGAUCACAGACAUCGAUGACAAGAUCAUAAAGAGAGCCAGCGAGAUGAAUGUGUCGCCAGCAGCUCUCGCUCGUGUCUAUGAGGAAGACUUUAAGCAAGACAUGGCUGCAUUAAAGGUCCUCCCUCCUACUGUGUACAUGAGGGUGACGGACAAUAUUCCGCAGAUCGUUUCCUUUGUACAGGCAAUAAUUGAUAAGGGACAAGCCUAUGCAACCCCACAAGGCAAUGUCUAUUUUGAUGUGAAUUCCUGGGGAACAAGAUAUGGAGUGUUAACUGCUGUUAAUCCUGAUGCCCUUGAUGAGACAGCUGAUUCUGAUAAACGACAUGGUAGAGAUUUUGCCCUGUGGAAAGCUGCCAAGCCUCAAGAGCCUUCUUGGAAUUCUCCCUGGGGAAAAGGAAGACCUGGAUGGCACAUUGAGUGUUCCACCAUAUCAAGUGCAGUGUUUGGAAAGCAGUUGGACAUCCAUUCCGGGGGAAUAGAUCUGGCAUUUCCUCAUCACGAGAACGAAAUCGCCCAGUGUGAGGUUUAUCAUCAGUGUGAGCAGUGGGGGAACUACUUCUUGCAUUCAGGCCAUUUGCAUGUUAAAGGAAGUCAAGAAAAAAUGUCCAAGUCAUUAAAAAAUUACAUAACGAUCAAGGACUUCCUGAAGAAGUUUUCAUCAGAUCAGUUCCGGAUGUUUUGUUUGCGUGGCAGAUACAGCUCAGCAGUGGAAUUCAGUGACGAGAGCAUGGAGGAUGCUAAGAACCUUCUUCAGGCCAUCUCCUCAUUCAUGAAGGAUGGAGAUGCCUAUAUAAAGGGGCAGCUGCUGUGUGAGCCCGUUAGAGAAGACACACUGUGGGAAAA